AUGAAGAAAAAUGGGCAACUCCGCAUAUGUGUGGAUUACCGAGAUCUUAAUCGGGCUUGCUCAAAAGAUGAAUUCCCACUCCCCAUCGCUGAGUUAUUGGUAGAUGCUACCACUGGUUUCGAUGCCUUAUCAUUCAUGGAUGGGUUUUCUGGGUACAACCAAAUCAAGAUGGCACCUGAAGAUGAAGAGCUCACUGCUUUUCGAACACCAAAAGGCAUAUUUUGCUAUACAGUUAUGCCAUUUGGUCUCAAGAAUGCAGGGGCAACCUACCAAAGAGCAAUGGCCACAAUUUUUGAAGACAUGAUGCACAAUACUGUUGAAUGUUAUGUUGAUGAUUUAGUGGUCAAAACAAAAGAAAGGGAAAAUCAUCUUGAUGAUUUAAAACGAGUCUUUGAUAGGCUCAAGCAACACAAUCUCAAGAUGAACCCUUUAAAAUGUGCAUUUGGGGUAACAUCAGGAAAGUUCCUCAGGUUUAUAGUCAGACAUCGAGGAAUUGAAAUCGACCCUGCAAAAAUCAAAGCAAUUUUGGAAAUGCCUCCCCCAUGUAACUUACGUCAACUACAUGGACUACAAGGAAGACUUACAUAUAUCCGAAGGUUCAUCUUAAACCUGUCCGGUAGAUGUCAACCUUUUUCGAGAUUGAUGCAGAAAAAUGUCCCAUUCAUUUGGGAUGAGGCAUGCCAAAAUGCUUUUGAAAGUAUUAAGAAAUACCUGUUACACCCACUAGUGUUGAGAGCUCCAAUCUUAGGAAAGCCAUUGAUAUUAUAUAUCACCUCACUUGACCGCUCCUUGGGAGCCUUGCUGGCGCAGAACAAUGAGGAGGGAAAAGAAGAGGCUCUUUACUACCUAAGUAGAACUUUAGUAAGGGCAGAACAAAACUACCCUCCAAUCGAGAAAGUGUGCUUGGCUUUAAUUUUUGCCGUCACAAAAUUACGGCAUUAUUUACUCUCACACCCUGUGACUUUAGUGUCAAAAGCUGACCCCUUAAGAUAUAUUCUAUCAAAGCCCGUGUUGUCUGGACGACUGGCCAAAUGGUCUAUGAUUUUGUCAGAAUUUGAAAUCAACUUUGUCCCGCAAAAAGCAAUAAAAGGGCAAUCAUUGGCGGAUUUUCUGGCAGCACACCCAAUUCCAGAUGAUAUGGAGUUGCGAGAAGAUCUUCCAGACGAAGAAGUUUUCACGGUAGAUACUUCAUCAUGGCAAUUAUACUUUGAUGGGGCAGCGAAAAAUAGUGGGGCAGGUGCUGGAAUUUUCUUUGUGACACCAUCGGGAGGCCUGAUACCUUACUCUUUCCAUAUUCUAGCUAUAUGCACCAAUAAUGUAGCAGAAUACGAAGCGUUAGUUAUCGGCCUCGAAGUUGCACUCGAAAUGAAAAUACAAUCAUUGGAAGUAUUUGGCGAUUCUCUCUUGGUCAUUAAACAAAUGAGUGGUGAAUUUGCAGUCAAGCACGAGAAUUUAAUCCCUUACCAUGAAAAGGCUAAAUAUUUGCUUGGUCAAUUUCAAGAUAUAACUCUAAAUCAUAUCCCUAGAUCAAAAAAUGGUAAAGCUGAUGCGUUAGCUAAUUUAGCUGCUUCGCUAACACUUCCUGAAGAAAGGGAUAUCCAAAUUACCAUAGGGGAGCGCCAUGUACUAUCCCAAUCCACGGAAAGAGUUGAAGAAGAAAAUACAGUCAACUUGAUAACUUUCCUGGACAACGCAAAUGAAAACGACUGGCAUCAACCAAUCAAAGACUACAUCCAAAAAGGAGUCUUGCCAGAAGACUUGAAGAAAAAAAUGGAUGUAAGAAGAAGAGCGCCUCGAUUUGUGGUCUUUAAUGACACAUUGUACAAGCGUUCAUUCGAUGGGAUAUUGUUGAGAUGUCUCUUGAAAGAAGAGGCAGCACAUGCACUUAAAGAAACUCAUGCCGGUACAUGUGGCGCCCAUCAAACUGGCCCAAAACUAUCAGCUCAAUUAAAGCGGUUGGGUUACUAUUGGCCUACUAUGGUUCAAGAUGCGAUUAAUUUUGCUAAAGGUUGUAAGUUGUGCCAAUUACAUGGAGAUUUCAUCCACCAACCCCCUCAACCACUCCAUCCUUCUAUACUAUCAUGGCCUUUCGAAACAUGGGGAAUGGACGUCAUUGAUUCUUUUACACCACCUUCUUCCAAAGCCCACAAAUAUAUUUUGGCCAUUACAGAUUACUUCUCCAAAUGGGAUGAAGCCGUACCACUAAAAGAAGUACGGGUAGAAGAUGUCGCUGAUUUUAUAAGGACUCACGUAAUUUAUCGAUACGGGGUUCCUUCAAAAAUUAUCUCCGACAAUGCCCUUUUAUUUCAAAUGUAA